UUUGAUGUUUUCAGUUUUCUCCGCGGCCCGCACCCAUUAUAUAUAUAUAUAUAGGUAGCGCACGUGGAUCAGCGUGUUAAGAGAUUUGAAUUCUCUGUUAACGAAAAUUGUCUUUUUGGUUUAAUAAACGGGGAAUCAUGGUUAAGCCCAAGCGUUUAGACAAAACAAGGAUGCGCAGGCGCACAUCUUUAGAAAUCGAAGAAGAACAGAGCAGAACAUUAUACAUUCGAUUGCCACACACGAUCAAAGAUGAACAAGAAAUCAAAGACCUAUUUUUUGGAGAUAUUAAAUUGAAGAUUCCUCGACAAUCUGCCAGAUAUUGUCAUGUAAUAUUCCCUAAUGUUGAAGAAAAAUUAAAAAACAUGAAAGCUUUAAAAAAAAAGUUAGUAGAUGGAAAACCCAUUUACGCGGGUCCACCAAAACCUAUAAAUUUAGAGAAGAAGAAAAAACCAAAGCAGAAGAAGAUUGUUGUCCCAGACCCUACAGAUGAUCCCAAAUUGGGAAAAUAUCUAUUUGUAUCAAAUAUACCUGCUGGUGUUAAGGCUUCAGAAAUAAAAGACGCGUUUCCAGGAUCUAGAACUGUUGCUUUGAUAAAGGGAUUGGUAAAUGGAAAAAGGUUAGCAAAAGUAAAGAUGUCAUCAACACAAUUAUGUCAGCAUUAUGUUAAUAAUGAAUCAGAAUGGCCUUCAUUUCGUGACACAAAAUGUUCAAUAACAUUCUCUAAGAACGUUAGCAACAGUAAGAAUAAAAAAAAGAAACCCAAGAAUAAAUCAAAACCUUUAAAGAUAUACGAUGGAGAGACAGAAGUGAAAAAUGACUCAAAAUCACCAAAAAAAUCGAAGGUGGAAGGUGAGGCUGAAGAUGUUGAUGAAACGUUAACAGAUGAUGAAGAUGAUGUUGAAAAAGAAGAUGAAGUCACAGAGGAAGAGAAUGAUGUGUCUGAUGAAGAAUAGAAGUAUGAGAAAAGGAUGAUUGUUCUAUUUGUAUAUUAAUUGUAAGUUACGUUUUUAUAAGUAAUUUAUUUUUUAUUUUCAAAAAAAGAUAUUUCAAAUAUAGUCUUGUUACAAAAUGUACGUAUCACAGAUACUUUGUUUACUUAUUAAUUGACCAACGAAAAAGUAGGAAUAAAUAUAAACCGAAUAUGUCUCUCAGUGGAACUGUAAAAAAAACAUUUAUAUAUCUUUUGUAUUGUAAAAUUAAGUAGAUAAAGAAUAUUGUUUUUAUAUUCCAUACUCUUUGACUGUUAUACAAAUCAGCAUUGUUCCAUUUGAUUCAUGUACACAUUCUAUACAUCCAUUACACUAAAAACGUGUUGAAGUAUUAAAUAGCAACUUUAAUUAUUUAAAAA